AUGGCGAGGAACAAAAACCGGGAUAAUACAGUUCAGAUACAAGGGGAGUAUAGUGAUGCCUCUGCAAUCACCUCUUGGACUGUGCCGAGUAGCUUUUUGAUAGGGAUUGGCCACUUCAUUGAGGUUCACAAGAAAAGCAAUGAAAUUUUAUCUGAUGUAUCGGGCUCAAUAUCAAUAGAGACAUAUGUUGGCGAAGAUGCAAGGUUCAGCUGGUGGUCUUUAAACCCUUCGACAUCUUAUUUUGUUGGAUUUUCAUUUGAACGUGGUUCUAGUACACUAUGUGAGUGGAGAACAAACCUAACCAUCACCUGCCUUGGAAAUGUAACAGGCCCGUUCAUGAGCAAACUAUUCUUCUAUGGAAGCCCUGCUAGUAACAUUACAUUUGAGAUCAAGAACGUUAAACUUGACAAUGAGGGACCAUAUAAAGUCACAAUCUAUGAGAAUGUCAACCCAACUACUGCUAUAGAACGGAGUGGAGUGUUGACUGUACUUGAGGCACCAGCAUUCACUUCGUCUCCAAAAAGCACAUAUGACAUAGCAGAAAAUGAUGAUGUCACUGUCACGUGCUCAGCAAGUGGUCGCCCAUAUCCAAAUGUCACGUGGGUCAAUAAGACGUCAGGGUCCGCAGUGGCUCAUAGGACAGGGAGUGCAACACUGAGUCUACUAAAGAUCCAGCGACACCAAGCAGGGGUGUACCAGUGCCAGGCCAUCAACGAUGUGAGGAGGGGGGCCAUAACCCAAGAUGUCACCAUCAACGUGCAAUACCCCGCGUUCAUCGACAAGACCAACUCCUCCUCCGAGCGAACUGGAGGCUGGGUCGGCUAUGACGUCAGCCUAAUUUGCGUUACUGGGGGCUACCCAACGCCAACUGUCACGUGGUCUAACGCUACAGGUCACGUGCUUCACAAGGAAGUGAAUUUAACAAGUAAAUACGUUUUCAAGGUGAAAGAUGGCGACUUUGGUAACUACACGUGUAAGGCCACGAACAAAAUGGGCGGCAACGACUCGCUGGUCAUCAACUUGUACAAAAGCGAAAAUACGCCGCCACCUACCAUGACAGCCCCAGGUCCCCCGACCAACGCACCUCGUACCAGCGGUACCCACCCUGGAGUGAUCGCGGGCGCAGUGAUAGCUUGUGUACUGGCCGUUGCCGUGGUGAUUGUGGCUUUGAUUGUAUGGCGAAGAAAGAAAAGGCCUGGUAGCUCAGGACCCAAGACUCGAAGCCAACCAAAUCAUUAUGAUACGGAGGGCCAGGAGCAGUAUGCGAUACCCGACAGACCCAGUGCGCAUGACCAAAGGAGUUCUGCCGCUGACGAGCUCCCGCAGUACGCACAGGUCAACAAGGAAGCGAAGAAAAAGAAACCGCCCCCUGGUGGCCUCAUUUACGCGGAACUUGACCACACAGACUACCCGGAUAGCAGAGAAACCCUCACCCGCCCGUCACGUGAGCCUCAACAAGAGACUGAUUACGCGGUCGUGGUGGGCGGCAUGCGCCAAGAUCCCGAGCCGCAGUACGGUAACCUCGCCUCCGAGGGGUACAACAUGGCGAGCGAGGUCUAAGCCGAGUGGGCUGCCUGUGGUGCGUCUAGAAUUCGAACCUGGUGUAAGCGGCUAUCCUUGUUAUAAACGAAGCACAAGUUUUGUCUGCGGUUUUCAAUCCGUGGACUCACCUUUCGGUCCUAUAUAGCAACGAACGACAAACUUUCUUAAAUUUUUUAGUAGUUUUUUAAGGCUUUUUAUCUUUUUAGCAAUGAGUCCCUGAUGUAAGGAAAUAUAUUUUUUGUAGGGCUAUUUUUGGACAUUUUUUACUAGAUGAGUGGAUGUGUAUAAUGUACAAGUAUGUGUAUAAGCAUAGGCAGUAUAGGCUUUACAAGCUGUAUAUGCCCGCCCCGAGCUGGAUUGAGGGGUAAGUGGUGGACCACACCUUGAAAAUUAUUAUCCCUUCGCAAGCUCUCCCUUGCCCCUAGAUGUCAACCCUCUAUUUUUCCUUGAUCUGUUUACGAGCUAUCUUGGCACGACCUAAAUCAGAAUCUAUAAUUGCACACCCAAUCCUACUUGGGGUUUGGAAUUUGUACAGGGCGGACCAUGCACCGUUUUCAUUUCUACCCUGAACCCUAUUCAUACUACCCGUUCGUGACAGCGCCGUCAAGAUGAUUGGUUAGAAAGUAAUUCGAGUGUGAAAGAACGUAGAGGAAAAUGACGGGAAACUGGUGAGCGUCACGUGUCUAUUUCCCUGCCCCUCCCCCCUUAUGACAGAAUUGCAAGCAUUCAUGCUAUGGAAUUUUCUUAAGUCUUGAAUGGCGUUUGCUCUGUAGAAAUUUAAAUAUUAAUCAUUAAAUCGCAAUGAAAUUUUUAUAUAAUUUUGUAUGCUUUUUACAAAUAUAAUAAUCAAUGAAUGCAAUUUUCAGGUAACUAUUAUAGGUAGUUUUAUAUCAAAUAAGCUUUUGAAUAAAUAUUAUUAUUUAAG